UAGUUCUCCCCGGCAAUGAAAGACGUAACGACAAAUCAGUUGACAGAGCCAAGAAACUCCGGGCAGGCAGGAAGGUCGCGCCGAGUCGAGUGGAGACGGAUCGCGUCGGGUCGGCCGGCACCGACCGGCUAUAAAAGCCCUCUCGCACCGUGGCGUCGACGUCACACGUCGUUAGCACUCUGGACCGUGAGGAACUCUGUCGCGCGUGUGCCACCUGUUAAAAGCGCCCGUCCAGGCAUCCACCGUCGACCACCAACGUCACCGUCGCCAACGCGGACUUUAAUCCUUCCCGUCAGUUGGAUUCAAACGGUCCCCCACGUCGACUCUGCGAGGGUCGGCGACUCUGUCGGAGCCGGAAGUCGUCGGCGAGAUCGCUCCUUUCGUGCUCCCUCCGAUCGUCUCUUCUUCCGAGAAGAGAGAGAGAGAGAGAGAUUUUGUUCCUCGCGCGCCUCUCGCUCUCUCGGCGGCCAGUCGCGAAGGGUACUCCACGCUCGAGGGAUUUUACCCGGGAAGCUCUCCCACGGAAGCUCUGUUCGAAUUCAACAAAUGAACAAUAUUAAUUUACAUUCUUCCUGCACGAUGAUGCUUCUUGGUAUCUUGGCGUCGACGAUAAUCGGCCUCACAAGUUCUGCCCCACUGUCGUCGUAUGAAAGAACGGACGUGUCGGAUGAUCGUCCCAAAUUUUUCCUGUUGAUCGAUCAAAGAAUACCAGAAUUGGAGGGCGAAAUGCUGAAUUUGGAGAAUGAUCUUGGAUCAGACGUGAUGCGCACCAAGAGAAUCGGAUCCCUGUCGAUCGUGAAUAAUUUGGACGUGCUGAGGCAGAGAGUUCUGCUGGAGCUGGCACGCAGAAAGGCAUUGCAAGACCAACGGCAGGUUGACGAGAAUCGUCGCUUCCUCGAGAGCAUCGGCAAGAGAUCGGUAUCAGACGCCGGGAGAAUCGUGAGAUCCGACGUGAAGAAUAACCGCGAGCGGUCUACAGCAUCUAGUAGGAAUGAGUGGAUCGAGGAUCCCUUGUUUCGCGGAUCGCAAGAUGCUCGGACGGCACAGGCUAAUGAUCUUCGCCUGCUGUAAUCGCGCCUCGGUAUGCGAAGACGAACUCCAGAUCCGAUAUAUCUUCGCUUUACUAUAUGCGACUUUUAAUCAACCGUCAUCCCAUUAAGUUAUUUUAUCGACUGUCUUCUUUUCGCUUUGCCUAUUCUCGUUUAGCAGAUAGUCCGAGUUCUAUCAGCCGUAGCUGGCAAUAUAAAUGUUAAAAAUUGCUGAAUUUUACAAUCGAUAACAAACGCGGGCCUGCUAUACUUCCCUUUCUCCCCUCUAACAAAUUCAAUCGAGAAACAUUUCACAGUAUUCGCUCUCUCCUCCUUCCCUUUUUGAAUUCUCCAUUAAUUUUAACGUUUAUUUAUUGUAUUAGAUUGUAACAAUUCAUGUAGUCCUGUGUCACGGAAACUGACAGGAAUGGGAAUCGUGUUUGGGCAUCGGAGAUGCGACCGAUGCACGACAGAUUCGUCUGGCGCGCGUAACGUUCCAAAGAAACGUACAAAGAUCUAAGCUUUACGUAAAGCUUUACUUCCGUCUUCUUCCGUAUCCAACUAUCCUCGGACACGGAAAAAGGCGUAACGAAGCAGUAUUAUAUAUUGUGAUCUUGUUUAAAUCUUCUGUUUCGCAGAGAAUACUUGACGCCCGAUCCUUUAGCAUUUAAUUCUCGCGUCGUUGCCGUCGGGCUUUACCAAUGUUCGCAUUCGUAGGGGACGAUGUAACGAGAGAUUUACACGAGAGUCGAUUGAAUUUACACAAUUUCACUUUCGCAAACUAUGAAUGUACAAAUACCUCGUUGUAUUGAUAGUUAUUACCUCUCACGUCUAAACCGACGUCGAUCGUCGGACGAGAGGCUCAUAUGUGUGUGUACCUGCAGUUUACAAUCCUGAAAAAAAUUUAUUUUCUGCAUAUAGUGUGCACUAAUUAAAGAGACUAAUCCGUAAAUUCACGAAUGUAAGGAAUCGAAAACUUGUAAAAGGAUCCGGAGGUCAGAUAUACUGUUACUGUUAAGAAAGACUAUAUAAUAAUACACGAUAAGAUUUUCAUUGAUAAGAGUACAAGAUUGUAUCCCAAAUAUUAUGAUUUAGAAAAUAGUUUUACAUGUGUAUCGUGUUUUUGCUUUCCUCCCAAUAUUAAUGUUAAUUAUAUGAUUAUUUUGUGCCACAUCUCACAGUUAUGUAUUUAUUUCUGUGAAAUUAUGGAAGUACAAAAAAUAGCAAUUAUAAAUUGUGAAAAAUAAAAUGUCUAACACAAUGAGUUUCGCGGAGCAUGCGAUACAAAUAAAACAUGUAUGCAUUAUUAAAAUAAUUAUUUAAUAUCCAUGUAA